GGCCCCUCCCCCUCUCCUGGGCCUCCUCUUCUCCUCAGCCCCUCCCUCUGUACUCCUCCCCGCUUGGGGAGCAGGCUCCUGCCCCAUCAGAGGAGGGGGAGUCCUGGGGCCUCUUAGACCUGGGGGUCAGGGCCUUGGAUGGGGAGAAUCCAUGCCUUGGUUUUCACUCCCGUCUUCCAUCAGUAACAGUAAACCCAGGUUUUGAACAGAGAGUCGUGGGGGUCCAGGACCCGGCCCCCACUUCCCAGGCUCCCCUUCUCUCUCUUUGCAGAGGAGCCGCCUCAGGUGCAGGGACUGCUUCAUUUUUGUCUUUUUGUGCUCAGGGUCUGGUAUUUCUGUUAUGAGACCAUCAGUGGGUGUUCAAAAUGGGAGAUAUUCUAGCAUCUGAAGCUGAAUUGCUUGGACUGGUGAAAGAGUAUUUAGACUUUGCUGAAUUUGAAGACACCGUGAAGAUAUUUUUAAAGGAGUGCAGAAGUAAAGGGAAACCAUUGUGCAAAACCCCAUCUGGCUCUUUGAGAGACUCGAAAACGCUGAUUAUCCAGAAAGAUCUAAUUACUGCGUUUGAUAAUGGGGACCAGAAAGGCUUCUUUGAUUUGUGGGAGGAGCACAUCCCACCCUCUGUCCGAGAAGGAGAGACUCUGGCCCAGAAGCUGGAGUUCUAUCUCCACAUCCACUUUGCCAUCUUCCCACUGAAGCGCAUCUCUGGAAAACCGGACAAGGCAGAAUUUGAUGACAGAAUUUCUUACUUCAAAGCCUACCUGGAGACCAGAGGAGCUGCACUGAGCCAGACCACAGAGUUUCUUCCAUUUUAUGCCCUUCCCUUUGUUCCCAACCCCACGGUGCAUCCUUCCUUUAAGGAACUCUUCCAGGAUUCCUGGACUCCAGAGUUAAAGAUGAGGUUGGAAACGUUCCUGUCGUCGACUCUCAAAGCCAGUAAUACCCCAAGGCUUUUCACUCUCUAUAAGGAGAAUGGGCAGAGCAGCAAAGAAAUGCUGCAGCAGCUGCAUCAGCAGCUGGUGGAAGCCGAGCGAAGGACAAUGACCUACCUGAAACGCUACAACAAGAUCCAGGCUGACUACCACAACCUCAUCGGGGUCACGGCCGAGUUAGUGGAUUCUCUGGAGGCCACCGUGAGCGGCAAGAUGAUCACGCCAGAAUAUCUGCAGAGCGUUUGCGUUCGUCUCUUCAGCAACCAAAUGAGGCAAAGCUUAGCCCAGAGCAUUGACUUCACAAGACCAGGAACGGCUUCCACCAUGUUAAGAGCCUCCUUGGCACCUGUGAAGCUGAAGGAAAUCCCACUGCUGCCCUCCCUGGAUUAUGAGAAACUGAAGAAAGAUCUGACCUUUGGGAACGACCGAUUGAAGGCCUUUUUGCUGCAGGCUCUGCGAUGGCGUCUGACCACGUCUCAUCCUGGAGAACAAAGGGAGACCGUGCUGCAGGCCUACAUCAGCAACGACCUGCUGGACUGUCAGAGCAGCUGCCAGAGAAACGUGCUCCAGCUUCUGCAUUCCAAGAGUGACGUGGUCCGACAGUACAUGGCGCGGCUCAUCAAUGCCUUUGCAUCCCUCUGCGAAGGUCGCUUGUACCUCUCCCAGAACACCAAGCUACUGAGGAUGCUGGAGGAGAGACUGAAGGAGGAAGACAAGGACCUGCUCACCCGGGAGAAUGUGUUGGGGGCCUUGCAGAAAUUCAGCCUCAGGCGUGCGCUGCAGUCUGCCAUGAUCCGGGACGGCCUCAUCUUCUGGCUCAUCGAAGUGCUCCGGGAUCCCGACUGCCUGUCCGACUACACUCUCGAGUACUCCGUCGCCUUGCUCAUGAACCUCUGCCUCCGCAGUGCAGGUAAGAACAUGUGCGCUAAGGUGGCCGGCCUCGUGCUCAAAGUCCUGUCGGAUCUGCUCGGCCACGAGAACCAGGAGAUACAGCCGUAUGUGAAUGGCGCCUUGUACAGCAUUCUUUCCAUACCUUCCAUUCGGGAGGAAGCAAGAGCCAUGGGAAUGGAAGAAAUCCUUCGAUGUUUCAUCAAGGAAGGCAAUGCUGAAAUGAUACGCCAGAUUGACUUUAUUAUCAAGCAGCUUAAUUCAGAAGACCCGCUGGACACGACUCUCGAGUCUGAUGAUGAAGAGGAGGAAGAUGAUGAAGAAGACCAGGACACCAUGGAGUCUGAUCUGGACAAGGAUGAAGUGAUACAGCCCCAGCUUGGGGAGCUCUCCGGGGAAAAGCUGCUGACCUCCGAGUACCUGGGCAUAAUGACCAACUCGGGCAAGGCCAGGAGGAGAGCGCUUCCCAGCGGUGUCCAGCAGAGCGUUGACGAGCCCCUGCAGAGGCCUGUCACCCCUGGGUAUCAUAAGAACGUGCACCCCAUGCUGGAAAACGAUUGCAUUUCUCCCUGUGUGGCCCGCCCCAUUCGAGGCAGCCCGCUCCAGGCCCAGCCAGGCCCUCGGCCCCCUACCCGCAGUGGAACCCGGUCCAGCACCUCUUUUGCAUCCUUCAGCUCAGACCCCUACAAGCUGUUUGCCGUGGCCCAGCGGGAAGGCCAGCGUGUCCUUUUGGCCGACGAGCCUGGCCAGGCCCUGGAGCCGGCCCAAGGCCAAGCAGAGAGACAGCCCAACAGGCUGCCAGUCCUACAGGAAGUGAAGACAGGUCCUGUCCUUAGGCAUCGAUCAGUGAGACCAGCCAGCUUCCUGGACCUAGACGGGCGGCGGCCGUUGUCUGGCGUGGAGCAGGGGUCUUGUGGCCUCUCCCUGGCCUUCGUGGGGACUCAGUGUCAGAGGCCUUCAAGCAGUGCCAGCCCUCCCCGCCCCAGCACACACACACACAAUAGAACCGGCUCUUGAUUCAUAGUUAUUUCCAUUGUGGCCUCUGGGCCCGGAGCGCUGAGACCAUCCCCCAUGUCCACCACGUCCCCCACGUCCCCCACGUCCCCCACAAAGGGGCUUCCUGGGGAAGGCUGCGGCCCCACGGCUGACUCCGGGGCCUGGGGUCCAUCCGCUUUUCCCACGAGGCCACAACUGCCCCUGUCAGGCUGGGGAUGCUGCAGACUCCAGCUUCCCGGCUGAGCUAUGGAGAUUUCUUAAAGACUUCCCUCUCACCUUUGGAUCAGCUGCAGAAUGUGGCCGGGAGGGCACCCACCACGGCACCCACCAUGGCCACAGCAGUGUGAGCAAGUGGGAAAUAAAAUGAUCCCAGAGGACGGAUGGUGGACAGGACCCCUUCUCUAGCAGAGAGGUGGGAGACUCCUGGGGCAGAGGGCUGGCUCCAGCAUCCAGGGCCGGCCUUGUUUCCCUUUAUCAUGAGGGAGG